GCCAGAGCUCAUUACCGUUAUUUUCCCACCAAAGGUCGUUACUCGUUAACCUCCGGACUCCUCUGCUUCAUCAACAACCACCAUUUUCAGAGCUCUGUGUCCUCUGUUCACACUUUCUCUCUAGCUUUUGUUCUCAGCUAAACAUGAAGACUCGAUCAAAAGGCCAAAAACCAGCGCUUUUCUGGCCGAGGAUUGUCAUGCGCAAAUGGCUCAAUAUCAACACCAAGGACUCCGAUUACAGUGCCGACCCCGACGAUGAUGACAACGAUGAUUCCGAUGCCGAAGAACAUCGUCACUGGCCUAGAGAAUCGCGAUUCAAGAAUGAUAAAAGCAAUGAAGCUCAGAUUGAUACUAACGAUGCUCUUCCCAGAACAAGAAGACGGAGGUCGGAGACAUUUAGGGCACAGUAUAUCAACUCAAAAGAACUUAGAAUAUGUGUUGGCACGUGGAAUGUUGGAGGUAAACUUCCACCGGAUGACCUAGAUAUUGAAGGUUGGCUAGAUUCCACUGAGCCUGCUGAUAUUUAUGUGAUAGGUUUUCAGGAGAUCAUACCAUUAAAUGCUGGAAAUAUCUUUGGUGCGGAAGAUAGCCGACCAGUUCCAAAGUGGGAAAAUAUCAUUCGCGAAACUCUUAAUAAAAUCCAACCUGCAAAUAAUAAAUUUAAAUGCUACAGUGAUCCUCCUUCUCCAUCAAGGUUCAAGCCAUCUGAGGAUGCCCCAGAUAUAGAAAAUGAAAUAUUACUUGAAACUGAUAGUGAUGGUGAGGAGGAAAUGUAUCCAAUAAAUGAAGAAAGCAAUUGUUUUGAUGAAGUCCAGGAUGGAUCAGCCACAGGAGAAAAUGUUUUUAUGAGUGCUGAAACUCCAGUCUCCAGCAAUGAUGCCAACUUAGGCAUGCCAAUUGAAUCUGAGUUGCAGAGACAGUUUUCUUCUCCCAAGAAGCUGGACAGGUUGAACUGCUUUCGGACUGAGGAUUGUACAGAAAAUGUAGAAACAUCAGUUUCCCAAUUUAGUAAGGUUCUAACAAAGACAUUAAGUGGGACAGAAAGGAUUGGUUUAAGUUGGCCAGAGCCACCGCUGGAUCUGCUGGCUCAGCGUGUUUUGGACAGACCUAAUUCCUUUAAAUCCAUCAAAUCAUUCAAAUCUUUCAGGACAUAUAGUUCUUUCAACUCAUUUAAAAAUGGUGAUAAUAGAGUGCCAUUGGAGGCAGCUUUGCUCACAGAACUUGACCUUGAUUCCCUCAUGUAUCGUAAAAGAAGACCUCCAUAUGCAAGGAUAGUAAGCAAGCAAAUGGUCGGAAUUUCUCUCAGUAUAUGGGUUCGUAGACACUUGCGAAAGCACAUCCAAAACUUAAAUGUGUCUACUGUUGGUGUUGGUGUUAUGGGCUACAUAGGCAACAAGGGAUCAAUAUCAGUUAGCAUGUCUAUAUAUCAGACGCUUUUCUGUUUCAUAUGUACGCACCUUACAUCAGGUGAAAAAGAAGUAGAUGCAGUUAAAAGAAAUGCUGAUGUUCAUGAAAUCCAUCGAAGAACACGCUUUAGUUCAGUUUCUGGCGUUGGACUUCCUAAAAGCAUCCAUGACCAUGAGUGA